GUGCAGUUACAUCGCGGCCGGAUGCACACUGGAAAAAUAACGACGCUGAUUACUCAUUUCGACGCGUCGUGACGGCGACGACGGCGGAGGCACGCACGCCGGAGACGCGGACCAAGACGACGGCGUCGAGGCGCCCCAGAGUGCCGCGGCGAAAAUGUCAAUCACCGGAAAUGAAAUAAAAAUAAUCCAGAGCUUAAGCGGGCACCGAAGUGACGUAACCUCGAGCGACUUCGCUUCCGAUUACACGCUAGUGACCGGAUCCAGCGAUAAAACCGUCCGCGUCUGGGAAUGGGUCCGAGGCUUCGGGUACGUCGAACGGGCGUUCUCGCCCCUCAGAGGCCACAAGUACCAGGUCACUUGUGUGCGCAUUUCCCCCCAGGGGGCCAUGCUGGCCAGUGCCUCGGUCGACGGUACUGCCGUUUUGUGGAACCUGCAUUCGGGGCUUAAAAUAUACACUAUGGUGCAAGUGAACGGAGAUGCGAUCCGAGUCUGCAGAUUUGCGCCUGACAGCUCCAUUCUGGUCACAGCGGGAGAUAAUGGAGCUGUAUGCGUCUGGGAUUUGGUUCAUAGGAGCCUGAUAAGAACAAUCGUCGAACACGAGGGCACCACCACCUCCCUCACCUUCACCCCCGACUCCCAAUACCUGAUAAGCGCUUGUUCCUUGGAAGUCCUCAAAAUCUGGUACGUGCAAGACCUGGUGGACACCACCUCAGACUCGUCCUGUUGCCCUGUGGCAAAGUGCGAAAACGCCCACGACUUGGGCGUCGUCUGCGCCGAAAUAAGCAAAAAGAUCACCACUGACGAAGACGACCCCCUCAUCAAACGGUACACAAUGGCCACCAGCGGCAACAGCAACGAAAUCAAAAUCUGGACAAUAACGUCAAAAUCCACCCCCAAACACAAAAACGCCGUUAAUGAGGUGGCAGUGGAGUAUUGUGAUAGUUUCGACGGACAUAAUUCCUCAGUCACUUGUAUCAGAUACACGAACAAUGGCGCGUAUUUAGUGUCGUCGAGUUUAGAUAAACUGGUGAAAAUCUGGGACGAGGAGGGCAAUUGUGUGGCCACACUUCGGGGGCACACGAGAUACGUGAAUUGCGUGGCGGUGUCAAAAGACUGCCUCUUGGCGGCUUCGGGUUCCACAGGUUCGAAUGAUAAACUUAUACUGGUAUGGGAUUUGACCGGUAAUUUGACCACCGAUUCGGAAUUAGUCAAACCACUGCGGUUGUCAUUUAAUUCACUUGGGGCUAUCCCAGAACUGCAGUUAAUGAGGAACGCCGAAAGUAACGAUAAUGAGGUGAAAUUGUUGGAGAAAAUUGACGAUAUCUCGGAAGGUGCAAUUAAUUGUUGCUCGUUUAACAGUAGCGGGAUUCUCGCGACGGGCUCAGGUGAUAAAUUAGUGAGACUGUUUCGAGUUGUUGAAGAAAAUAACAACGUCGAAGAACUCAGCUACUCACCUUUGGAGGGGCACACGUAUCCAGUGAAUUACGUGGAGUUUUCCAGGGAUGGGUCAAAGUUAGCCUCGUGUUCCCUGGAUGGGGGCACCAACAUUUGGGAAUCAGAGACAGGGGAAAAAGUCGCUUCGUUGCCUGAAAACAGCCUCAGCGUCAAAGUGUGUCGCUUUUCCCCUGAUGGAAAUUUCCUUAUAACAGCGGGCGACGACGAAAAGGCCACAAUUUGGGACUCGGAGUUCAAACCAAUUGCCACCCUUGAAGGGCACUUGGACGCUGUGACUUCAGCCAGUUUCACCCCCGACGCUGCUAUAAUUGCAACAACGUCCUUCAAUGCGGACUUCCGGUUGUGGAAAAACGAAAGUUACGAAACCAUUACAGUGCAAGAAGACGCUCACGAUUACGGCAUACAAAGCUGCGAUUUUUCGCAAAAUUUGGAACCAGUCCCUAAUAACAUUAUCGACGUUCAAAGUUACCUCCUUGGGACUUGUGGGAACGAUGGUUUUGUUAAAUUGUGGAGGAUUUCGGUGCCGAAAAAAAAUGACGAAUUGGGGUUUGAAGAGAUCGAAGUCAAGGUUUGGCGGGUUUUAAGGGGACAUGGGGGCAAUGUAAUUUGCGUGCGAUUUUCGCCAAAUGUGAGCGAAAUUAUAUGUUCGACGGCUACGGACCGUCAAGCGAGAAUUUGGUCGGUCUAUAGUGCUGAAUGUCUUUACGUCCUCGAUCAUGAUUCGAUAGUUACAGCUUGCGCUUUCAGCAGCGAUUGUUCCUUAGUUGCCACAGGUUGCAUAGAUAAGACCUUAUGGCUGUGGAGGAUGCCCCAACAAUUGGUGUUUAGGACGAUAGUUGCGACAAAAAUCCAGUGCCGGACCAAGGCCCUGAUCGACUGGUCCACGAGCGACGUCGUCAGGUGGCUCAGAAACAUGGACUUGGCAGACAUGACCGAAAACGCGCAAAAUACGUUCCUGGACGGACAAAAAAUCUUAACACUUAGUGAAGAACAGAUCUGCUCGGGUCUCGAAUUAAGUGAAGAGCAGUCGGAGAGACUGAGUCGGGAGCUCCGCUGGUUGAAGCAAGACGAGCUGCAAAUUUCGCAAACAAAAAAUUGCGAAAUUCCGCACGAAUUUUUGUGCCCCAUAACCCAUGAAAUAAUGAGAGAACCGGUUACUUGCAGUGACGGUUUCACAUAUGAAAAAAAUGCGAUUUGUGAAUGGUUCAUGUCGGGAAAGUAUUCAAGUCCUUUAACUAACGAAAUUUUAACGAACACCGAAUACACCUACAAUCACGAGUUGAGAAAUGCGAUUCAUUCGUUUUUGGAGCAAGAUGAUUAAACACCAGUGAACAUAUCACCAAAUUGCUGUAGUGCCUUAGGUCUGUCUACAGUGCCACGGACUUGCCGCAAUGUUAUAUUCAAAUUUUUUUGCAAUGUUCUGUUCUUGCUUUCGUCAACUUUUUAUACUUUUCGGCAACGCUACCGAGUGUUUGCGGUUUCUGAGGAAGCCAAAUACUUACGACAGGCAACGUGGGGAAACACCAGUGAACAUAUCACCAAAAAUGCUGUAGUGCCUUAGGUUUCAUCUACAGUGCCACAAAAGUUACGUCAGGUGAUUAAUACUUUCAUGAAGACUGUUUUUAAAUGUAUUUAGUGCCUUUUUAACAUUCUCGCACUUUAUAUUAUGAAACUCAUGAAAGCCAACACUGUGAUAUACGGUCAAAAAUUACCACAACGCACGGUGGGACAAAAAAUUUGGCCAAAUUAUAGAUUCUUACGUCAUAUUUUUCAAGAAUAUCGGGGGCAUUUCUGGUUGCAGUUUGUGUGUAAAAUUUUUAAUAUUAUAAUGUAUGUACGGGUUUAAAAAAAUGCAACUAAUUCUUCUUAUUUUUUAAUAUACAUUUUGGCUGGGUUUGCAGUCAGCGGUCCCACUGUGCAACGGCACGACUUUUAACUUUCCGCACCACCAAUUUGAUAGUUUUAAGCUUGUGUUGUGUAUACAGGAAAAUAAAACAAGUUCUGUUGUA